UACUAAAAAAAAAACGUUUUAAGAUUCUCUUCCUUUUUGGUUACUGCUAGCCAACCUUUAUUUUUCUUUAGGUUAUAUUGACGUGAAUAUGACUAGUCUUAGAAACUCUGUCCAAGAUACAAAAAAACUCUAUUUAAACAUAUUCAUAACGACGUCUAAAACAAACAAACAAAACAAACAAAAAGGACAAACAAACAGGACAAACCGACUACGCAGAAAAGGUGUUAAAACACCAAUUACUCCUCAGGGACUUAGCGCUUCUAUAUUCUGUUGCUUAUCUCAGAUCAAAUACGCGAUUAAACAUGUUGAAUUUAAAUAAACAGCAUGUUAUAUAAUACCUUGAGAUAAAAAGUAUACCUUUGCUUACACAAACUGUGUAUACAAACAUCUUCAUAUAGUUCGGAAAAAUGUUUUGGGUAAACAAGGUAAAAUAAAUAUAUUGGAUCUUUGAUCUUGCGCCAAACAUGGAGCGUGGUUUUAACUUGCCGAGAUCAAGUUUUUGUUAAUCAAAGUUUGUUUGUGUUCAAGUUUGUCAGUUGUAGUGUGUUUCUCUGGAAGAUUUGCUCAGCCGAAGAGAUGAGAUGGGAUAAGUUAAAGAGUGUUACAUUCAUAUCUGUGUUGCUAAUGAUAAUUGUCUUUGCACAAUCAUCUCCUAAUCCGUCCCGGGUUGCGUUCACAAAGCUAAAGUGUGCAGGUUGCUUUGGUCAAAUAAAGAAGCCAGGCUGCUCACAAGGUUGUAGGCAGGGAUUUGCUUCAACAGCACCGCCAACUGUCGUUACAAUAGUGAAAAAGAAGCGAUCUUCUACAACAACUCGUGAAAAACGAAAAACGGAGAUUUCGCACUUUAAACGAGAAGAAUACCAAAAUGGUGUCAUGAAAGAGAAUUCUCAAAAUAACGUUACAAUACAAAUUGUUUUGGUGACAAUACUUGGUCUAGGGUUGGUGUUUGCCAUGUUGAUUUUUGUUUAUCGACUGACUGGUCAUAAAAAUAGAGUAGCAUUCACAGAUACAACCAUGGAUCCAACAAUACCACAGGGUUUUGCGUAAUGAAUUGUUUUAAAAGUAAUGCUAUUUUUUACUGAAUGUUUACAUUGUAGUACGUAAACAAAUUGAUAAUUGAAGUUAUUUCAAUGUGCGACAGUCUGUCAAGUGAAUGUUCCCGAGAUACAGUGGAAUGCCGUUAAAGCGGACACCCUCUAAAGGGGACAGCCCGUUAAAGCGGACACUAGCACUUGGAACGGAUUGAUUUUAAGUCAAACUCUUAUAAAAAACUCUCUAUAAAGCGGACAGUCAUAAAGCGGACACUUGUUAAAUCGGACGAUUUAUUUUGCACCAAAUGAAUUUUUCCCUAUAAAGACUCCCUGUAAAGCGGACAGUACAAAACAAAAAAUGGAAACAAAGAUUUUGCAACGAAAUUUUAAUUCUUAUUUUAGACAUUUUCUAACUUUUUUAUCAACAGAGUCUAAAAUCUUUUUAAUACACCUUUCUGUAAAAGACACAACUUUGUCAGGGCCAAUGAGUGCGUAAUGCACUGGAAUUUCGAGACCAUAACCUUUCUCGGACAAAAUCCCAUCUAAAAUAAAAUGACACAAACUCUCUAUAAAGCGGACAUCCCGUUAAAGCGGACAGUUUUUUUGGUCCCAAUGGUGUCCGCUUUAACGGGAUUCCACUGUAGUUACUUGAAUCAAAACGAAGAAGAAAAACCUGUUUUGUAUAUAAAAAUAACUGUUUUUUAAGUGUAUAAAGUAUAUAUAAAUAUGCAAAGAAUGAUAUAAAUAUUGUAAAUAUUUUUUAACUUAUUAUAAUUUAUUGGAAAAUAUGCAGCAGUUAAUUUAAUUUUUUGUUAGACUAAUUUCAUCUUAUACAUCCUGUUAAAUAUAUUAAAAUACUAAGUC